GCCUGCAAAGAACUCCGCUGACUGCUGCCAUUGCCGCGGCGGGAGCAGCCCGAGUCGGUGCGCAGCUAUGCCGGGGGCGAGCGGGGCGCCGCGGCUGGGGGGUCCCGCGGCGCUUUAGGCAGAGCUGCGACGGGGCCGGGCAGAGGCUCGAGGGCGCCGGGCAGCCGAGCGGCGUUUCCCCGCCUUCCUUCCCUCUUUGCCUGGAGCUGGGUCCCCGAGGGGAGGAAGAAGACGCCCCCCCGGGAGAAGAAGAGGGGGAGCCAGCCGAGCGAGAGCCAGGGGCUUGAGGAGGAGGAGGAGGAGGAAGAAGAAGAGGAGGAAGAAGGAGAGGGGAGGGGUCCCGCCGGCCCGCGGGCCCUUCGACGCGGGGCAAGGAUGAGCCUCUUGUCAGCCAUCGAGACCACCGCCGCCUCCGUCUACCAGCCGGCCCAGCUGCUCAACUGGGUCUACCUCUCCUUGCAAGACACCCACCAGGCCAGCGCCUUCGACGCCUUUCGGCCGGAGUCUUCCUCCGCGCAGCACCCGGAGCUCAGCUACCCCGCCAAGGGCAGCGCCGAGCUGGGCACCUCCUCGCUCAACUCCAGCUACCUAAACAGCUUCCUCCAGCUGCAGAGGAACGAGGCCUUGAACAGCAGUCUGUAUAAGAGUGCCUCUCCUUACGGUUCUCUUAAUAACAUCGUGGAUGGCUUGAAUUCCCUUACGGAACAUUUCUCUGACAUUUCCCUAUCAUCAGAUGCCAGAAAGCCAAGCAAGAGACCUCCGCCAAACUAUUUGUGUCACCUUUGCUUUAACAAAGGACACUACAUCAAAGACUGCCCACAG